CUUUACCCUCAAUCAGAUCCACUCAACCGUGACUGACUUCCUUCUUAACACACUCAGCGGGUCGCUAUCUAGUUUACUCUCUUGCAUUCUCAAUAAUCUCUAUUGAUCACCUCCGGCAGCGUCCAGAGCGGCCCAUCUACUAUAUACUUACCCCUCAUAUCCCACCAAAACCACCACAAAAUGUCCUCCCUCGUCGAAGUCACAUCCGAAGCCGACUUCGCCUCCGGCCUAGCCAACCUUCCCCCCUCUUCCCUUCUCGUUCUCUACUUCCACGCUCCUUGGGCCGCCCCCUGCACUCAAAUGCGAGCCGUGCUCUCCGCCCUCGCCUCCCAAUACCCAGUGACCACCCCCCCAGCCAUCUCCUUCGUCAGCGUCAACGCCGAAGAACUCCCCGACAUCUCCGAAGCCUACAACGUCACCGCCGUCCCCUUCGUCGUCCUCAUCCGCGACAACCAGACCCUCGAAUCCAUCAGCGGCUCUGAAGCCAUCCGCGUCCGCGACGCCGUCGAGCGCCACGCCGGCGCUGCCGCACCAACCGCCUCCUCCACAACCGACCACCCCUCCAAGCCCACCAUCCCGCCUGUCCUCUCGACCGUGCCUCGUGAAAGCGGCCCCGCGACGGCCACCCAGGCCCCCGUGAAUGGCGCCACCGUGACGGCUGAGGAGAGCCGCGAGGCGCUGUUCUCCCGUCUGGCGGAGCUCGUCAAGGCUGCGCCUGUCAUGCUCUUCAUGAAGGGCACGCCCAGUUCGCCGCAGUGUGGCUUCAGUCGUCAGCUGGUUGGCAUCCUGCGCGAGGGGAGCGUCAAGUACGGUUUCUUCAACAUCCUGGCCGAUGAGGACGUACGACAGGGUUUGAAGGAGUUUGCUGAGUGGCCGACUUUCCCCCAGCUGUGGAUGAAUGGGGAGUUGGUGGGUGGAUUGGAUAUUGUCCGCGAAGAGCUCAACAACGACCCCGACUUCUUCCGGGAAUUCUCGGUCAACAAGGCCCCCGCCGCUGCGUGAGUGCCUCGGCGCUGUCUACGUGAUCGUCAAGUCGAUCGGUCUACUUUACUACUAUGUACAUAGCGAGAUGUCAUCUAAUCCGUUUCUUAUUUCAUGCACUGGCCUCUAACAUCUGUGUUCAUUGGGUGGAUAUUGUCAAACUUUCACUUCAAGGGUUGC